UUGAACCUCGAGCUUAUAAAUAGCGGAAUUUUCAUUUUCCGCCUAGUGCCAUAGAAGUCUGGGGAACUGCAAGCUCUGGAAAUUUAGAGUGUAAUCACAUACAAAGCAAAGAAAACGUACCGUAAUUAUAUUCUCAUCAGAUGCAGUGCCACUGUUGGUAUAUAGGGAAAAUAGAGUACACCACACCGGUGCUUCUCGUGACGGCUCACAAGCCGAUGUUAUAAGUUAUAGAAAAAAACUACUACGAGUCUACUACUAUUCAUAACUCCAAUGGAAUCUUGCUGCAUGGCACUCAAGGCAAAUGCCAAUCCGAUUAAUGUUAGCAAAGGUCGUAGUCACGGAGGCUCUGUUUUCUGGGGUGAGAGUAUCAGGGGAGGUCUUAAAAGCAGGGACCUUGGAGCACAGUUAUGGAAGAGUUUGAGAGCUGCAAAGGGUGUCAAGAAUGCUAAGCCUGGAGUUGCUUACUCUGUUCUCACCCCAGAUAUUGACAAGAAGACUCUGAAGUUUCAGGCACCAGUAUUCGAGACUCCACAAGCAGAUCCAAAAAAUGUGGCUUCCAUCAUAUUGGGUGGCGGUGCUGGGACACGCCUGUUUCCUCUUACUAGCAAAAGAGCCAAGCCAGCAGUUCCGAUUGGAGGUUGUUACAGGCUGAUUGAUGUUCCAAUGAGCAACUGUAUCAACAGUGGCAUAAAAAAGAUAUUUAUCUUAACUCAAUUUAACUCCUUCUCCCUCAAUCGUCACUUAGCUCGGACUUACAAUUUUGGAAACGGUGUAAAUUUUGGAGAUGGUUUUGUGGAGGUUCUUGCUGCCACUCAAACACCAGGAGAAGCAGGGAAGAGGUGGUUCCAAGGAACAGCUGAUGCAGUGAGGCAAUUUGUGUGGGUCUUUGAGGAUGCCAAAGCCAAGGAUGUGGAGCACGUACUGAUAUUGUCUGGCGAUCAUCUGUACAGGGCAGACUAUAUGGACUUUGUGCAGAAGCAUAUUGACUCAAAUGCUGAUAUCACCGUCUCAUGUUUACCAAUGGAUGAUAGCCGUGCAUCAGAUUAUGGAUUGAUGAAGAUAGAUGAAACAGGGCGCAUCAUCCAGUUUUCUGAAAAACCGAAGGGCCCAAAUCUUAAAGCAAUGCAAGUUGAUACCUCCAUAUUAGGGCUAUCAGCCCAAGAUGCUGCAAGAUAUCCAUAUAUUGCAUCAAUGGGUGUGUAUGUGUUUAAAACUGAUGUCUUGUUAAAGCUUCUCAUGCGGAGCUAUCCAUCAUGCAAUGACUUUGGCUCUGAGAUUAUUCCAUCAGCAGUAAAGGAACACAAUCUGCAGGCAUAUUUGUUCAAUGACUAUUGGGAAGACAUUGGGACAAUAAAGUCGUUUUUUGAUGCCAAUUUAGCCCUCACGGAACAGCCACCAAAGUUUGAAUUUUAUGAUCCAAAGACACCUUUCUAUACAUCUCCAAGAUUCUUGCCUCCUACCAAAGUCGAUAAAUGCAGGAUCGUUGAUGCCAUAGUUUCACAUGGUUGCUUCUUGCGAGAAUGUAGUGUACAGCACUCUAUAGUGGGUGUGCGCUCACGUUUGGAGUCUGGUGUUGAGCUUGAGGAUACUAUGAUGAUGGGAGCAGACUACUACCAAACUGAGUAUGAAGUAGCUUCUCUGCUAGCAGAAGGAAAGGUUCCCAUUGGUGUUGGGCACAACACCAAGAUCAGGAAUUGCAUAAUCGACAAGAAUGCCAAGAUAGGAAAAGAUGUGAUCAUAUCAAAUAGUGGUGCUGUUCAAGAAGCUGACAGACCAGACGAAGGAUUUUACAUUAGGUCUGGGAUCACAGUCAUAUUGAAGAAUGCAACAAUUAAAGAUGGAACCGUUAUAUAAAAUUUUUGUUCCAGAGGCUGCUAUGUUAGACCGAGGCGGUGACAGAAAUCUGAGAAUUCCAGUCUGCUGCCUUCUGCUGUUUUGCAGUAAAAAUAUAGGAGUAAUGCUUUGUAUAUGUGAAUUAUUAGUUCCUACGCAAUUUUCAAAGAAAUUCAAAUUCCCAUUUGCUUUA